GAAAAACCCAUGAAAAAGAAAAGGAUACAGAACAAAAACAAACAGAGAGGCUUGGCUUGAAAACAAAUAAACCAGACAAUUUUUUUUUUUUUUUUAUACACUUGGCUCUGGCAAGGCAAGGGGUUUAUACGUUUUGUAGAGCUCAGGAUAAGCGGAGAUCCCUAUCAGCGCACGUUAGACAGUAUCGCCGUUCACACAACCACCAAAAUAAAACGGCAACUACAGAAGAAACAAAGCGUAUGCUAACAUUAACGUGGGCUUCAAUCACACAUUUUCAAUUCACGAAUCAAGACCUCCACCGAGAAAACCCGCGAAAUUAUUUUCCUUCUCAUUUUCUCUUUCUUUUUCUUUUUAUUAUAUUUAUUAUUUUUUAUUUUCUUCCUUUUCGAGCUUCGAAUCUCGCUCUUCGAACCUCCUCGAUACCUUUCUCAGUUGGUUUUAGAUUUUGAAGAAUGAGACAUAGUAAGGAAGAGGCAUCAUGCAGUGCUCCACAAGUCAUUGACUUAAUUUCAGCAGUGAGGGAGUUAAAUGGGCUCAGUUCUCAGGAUCUUAAUAUAUUAUUGAGGGACUCAGAAAAUUUUACAGUACAGUAUGUUACUGAGAAAGAAUCUUUAUUAAAGAUUGACAUGGAAAAGCUUGCAGCGUCACUUCCAUUGCACCUAAUUGCAGUACUCAUGUCAUCAGAUAGAGAUGAAGCCUUGCUGAGAUAUUUGUUAUGUGGCAUUCGGUUCUUGCAUUCCUUGUGUGAUUUAGCACCUCGGCAUGCUAAGCUUGAACAGAUUUUGCUAGAUGAUGUGAAAGUGUCAGAGCAACUGCUUGACAUGACGAUCUAUAUGCUAAUCGUUUUGGCCUGUUAUGAACAGGAAAACCAUAAUUUCAGUACUCUUCCCCUUCUACAUUCUACACUGGUGGCAUGCAGUCUACAUCUAUUAACGGCAUGUAUAUCUUCACAGUGGCAAGAUCUUGUGCAUGUAUUGCUCGCACAUCCUAAGGUUGACAUAUUUAUGGAUGCAGCUUUUGGAGCAGUUUGUGUAGCCAUUAAAUUUCUUGAGAUCGAGCUGUCAACACAACAUACUGAUUUUGGUAACAAAUCAAGUUUGACCGCCGAACAAAUGGUUAACUAUCUCUGCCAACAAUGUGAGGCCUCUUUACAGUUUCUUCAGUCGCUUUGCCAGCAAAAAUUGUUUCGUGAGCGACUACUCAGCAAUAAGGAACUAUGUGGAAAGGGUGGUGUUCUGUUUCUAGCUCAAGCCAUCUUGAAGUUAAACGAUAUGCCAAUGCCACAUUUUGUAGAGUGUGCCAGAGUCGUGGCUGCUGUAUCUAGGCUGAAAGCGAAAGUGUUAUCAAUUUUGUUGAGUCUGUGUGAAGCAGAAAGCAUUUCUUACCUGGAUGAAGUUGCCAGCUCGCCUGGAAGCCUGGAUCUGGCUAAGUCUGUUUCAUUAGAGAUUCUUGAGUUGUUGAAGACUGCACUUGGUAGAAAUCCCAAGCAUACUGCUUAUUCUAAUAGAACUUUCCCAAUGGGGUUUUUGCAACUCAAUGCAAUGCGCCUAGCUGACAUCUUCUCUGAUGAUUCAAACUUCCGAUCUUACAUUACAGUAUAUUUUACGAAGGUUCUGACUGCAAUAUUUUCGCUUCCACAUGGAGAUUUUUUAUCCACUUGGUGUUCUUCUGAACUCCCAGUGAAGGAAGAAGAUGGUUCUAUUGAAUACGAUUCAUUUGCAGCGGCUGGAUGGGUUUUGGAUGUAUUUUCAUCAAUCAACCCAAGAAACCCACCAAGUUUGGAUUUUACUGCAGUCUCAAAUAAUAUGUCCCAGGCUUCCUAUGCACACCAGAGAACAUCAUUAUUUGUGAAAGUAAUUGCAAAUCUUCAUUGUUUUGUCCCCACCAUCUGUGAAGAGCAGGAGAGGAACCUUUUUCUUAACAAGUUCAUGGAAUGCUUGCAAAUGGAUCAAUCUGAUGAGUUGCCUGGUUUUAUACAUAAUUCGCAUUCUCCCAAAGCUCCCACUGUCUGCAGGAAUCUGCGUUCCUUGCUAAGUCAUGCAGAAUCGUUAAUUCCUAAUUUUUUGAAUGAGGAGGAUUUACAGCUCUUAAGGGUGUUUUUUAACCAGCUGCAAUCGUUACUUAGUUCAACUGAAUUUGAAGAAAAUCGAGUCCAACAAAUUCAGGAAAAGAAAUAUGAGGAGUCAAUAUCUUGGGAUAAGUUUGCUAAACUCAACAUCAGCGAGCAUCAUCAGGAGGCUCAGAGUGCAGGGGGAUGCUCAUCACCGUUGCAAAAAGAACCUACAGAUCUUAAUAACAAAAGUGGUAAUUUGAAAGAGGAAAUGUGUGAGAAUUCUGCUUUUCAAGAUGCCGACCAAACUUUUGUGAAUGAACAAGAGGAUCAAGGAGCUGAUGCAAUAAUGGAAGACAAAGGUAAAUCUGGAAGGAGUGCAUCUGGAGGCAUGGCAGAGAUUGAUAGAGAUGCUCAGAAUGUUGAAACAAGUGGUUCAGAUACAAGCACCACAAGAGGAAAGAAUGCCGUUGAUCAAAUGGACAACGGUGAAUUCCCAAAAUCAAGCCUGCCCAUCAAAGAGAGUGGGAAUGGCAGUAAUCUAGAAGAUGAGAAGGUUGAAACUGUUCAGUGUGAAGAAAAGCAGCGGAGAAAACGAAAGCGAACUAUCAUGAACGAUAAACAAAUCUCUCUAAUUGAGAGAGCCCUUGUAGAUGAACCUGAAAUGCAACGAAAUGCAGCUUUGGUUCAAUCAUGGGCUGAUAAAUUAAGUAGUCAUGGUUCUGAAGUCACAUCGUCUCAGUUAAAAAAUUGGCUGAACAAUAGAAAAGCAAGGCUCGCCCGCACAGGUAGGGAUCACCGUGCGACUUUAGAGGGUGAAACUUCUUUCCCAGACAAACAGGUUGGGCCAGGACUUAGGUCCCAUGAUACUCCUGAGAGUCCUGGUGAAGAUGCUAACAUCCAAUCAAAUUCCAGUAGAGAUCCUCAAACUAUGCUGAGAAGUGGUGCCGCCAGAAUCACUGAUUCUUCCCCAUCAGAAGCUGUUCCUAUGGGUCUUCCAGAACUUCAGACAAAACCGGGUCAAUAUGUUAUGCUUGUAGACUCGGUUGGAGAAGAAAUUGGUAAAGGGAGGGUAUUUCAGGUACAUGGCCAAUGGUAUGGAAGGAACUUGGAGGAAUUAAGAACGUGUGUAAUAGACGUUAAAGAGCUGAAAGCCAAGAGAGGGACGAGGCUGCCAUACCCGUGCGUAGCCACUGGAGUAUCAUUUGAGGAAGCUGUAACAAAAAUAGGUGUGAUGAGAGUGAUGUGGGAUGCCAACAGAAUUUUCGUAUUACGUCCUAAAUGAUGUAAAGAAUGCUUAUAUGAUUUCACUGAGAAAUUUUCUUUUUU